GUGGCUGGUUUGGGGCCGGGGUUGCAGAGCUAGCUAGAGCGCGAUACACGACACGAUGGCAUCUCCACCACUGUUGGACGUUGUGUGCAUAGGUUUGAGUCGGGCGCAGGCCAGAGAAGAGUACAGGGCUCAGGAUUACCAGGUUUGUUUGCUGGAGGGGAACCGUCUACCAAGAGGAGAGGUGCAGGUGGGAGAAGAACCAGAGAGAGCUGCUUUGCGCAUCGUCAGUGAGCGUACAGGACUGCGAGGAUGUUUAGCAGUGGGCCUUGCCGUCCAUUACACAAGGAACAUUGCUGUCUUGUAUGCUGUCCCAAUCGCAUACUCCGGUAUGCUCAGUUCUUCGGGCCAAUUCUGCAGCCUCUCAUCUGUAAUGGCAGACCCCAACACAAACGAGGAAGACAGGAACAUGCUAUCUUCAGUUGACGAGUGGCUCCAGGAGAGACAUGCUCUGCCUUACCUAGACCCAUCUCUAUAUUUCCUGGGAGGAGAAGGGGAAGAGGGUGGGGUGGGGGGAGUGGUGAGAGCAGUCAUUGAGAACCCAGUCUUCCUCUGCCCCACAGCUCCUCCUGAGGACCAGCUAGUCAUCUCCCUCAACAACCCAACUUUCUCUACUACUCACAGCACUAUUGACUUUCAUGCCACACAGGCUUAA